ACAUGCAUAACUAUAUUAUCCAGAUGUGGAUAACAGUAAGUCAACCGAUGGUAUUGAGCAUUGAACAGGAGAAGAUGAAUGUCAAUUGAACUUUGAAUACACAAUAUAUUCAUAAGUAAAUCAUGUCUUCUAAAACAAACGAUUUAUAUAAUGAUAAUGAUAAUAACGAGAAUACAGAUAGUGAUUUUCAAAACGAUUUGGAGUAUGACAGAUAUUUACCAAUGAAAUUGGGUUUCAUACUUCUCGGAGUAUUGAUCUUAAUAUUAUUGUUAAUCUCGAUUUACUUUAUCUGUCGUCGAUUUAAAAGCCAUUCUCGGUUGUUUUAUCAUAAUCCUAAUAGUAAAAGUAAAAACAGUGAUAAUGAUGAUGAUGAAUUUAUUUGUUUCAAUAAACCAGAAAAUGUUUUAUUAACUAGUUAUACACAAAUGCAUCCACCAGAAAGUCCAUUGAUAACAAUAAAACAACAACCUCAGUUAUUAAUGAAUGAUUCAUCUGUUAGUGAGAAGACACUCUUCUCAAUUGAUGAUGAGAAUGCUGAUGACAGCAGUGGAGAAGCAAAUGAAUAUAAACCAACGUUUGGAUAUUCAAUACGUCAUCAAAUUAAUUAUGUGAAACCAAGUGUAAUACAAUCGACUCAACAAUUUAUUGCUUCAGCUGAAAUGAAAAGAAAAAAUGAAAAUCUACGCAAACUAAAUGUAUCAAGUGGUGAUCAAGAAAAGUCAGAUUCUCAACUGGCCAUAGAAGUUAGUCGAAAAGGCAUUCGUCGUGUCAGCAGUACACCAAAUAUGACGGUUAGUCAAAGGAAGUUAAUUUGAAGUUAUCCCUUCACUAAUGUGACUUUACUGAAUGAAUCUUAUAGACCACCAGAAAACUUUUAAAGAUGAAAUGAAUCAUAAGUUUUCUCCGGACGAUGAUGACGACACACGGUUGGAUGAUUAUGAAUUUUUCCGAAUGAAUGAAAAUGAUGAAGGUUAUGGAGAUGUAACAUUAACUGAAAGCAAAGAAGAUUUAAAUAGCACUAAAACUAAUGAUGAGAAUAAUGAAUCAUCUGAAUUACCAACCGUUCAUAAACCAUUUAUGCCAGUUAGCCUCCCAAACUGGGCAGUUGAAAGAGGUAUACCAGAAAGAGGUUAUAUUACAUUUACUGUACAAAUGGAAGGUGAUUUACGGAAUAUUAAACAGCAUCCAUUACUCUCUGUACAGAUUUUUGAUGUACGUUGUGUAUUGAGUAGAAAUGUAGAGCCUAAAGCUGGAAAAUUCUAUGUGAAAGUUCGUCUUCAACCAGCUGGCAUUAACAGUUCAGUUUCGUUGCUAUCUUUGGAUCAAAUAUCCGUCAAGUCAUUGAAGAAUUUAUCUGAUAAAAUGAAUAUACUAGCGGUGAACAGAAACUCUACAAUGAAAAGUGGCCGUACACCUGUCAAACGCGCUUUUCGUUCACCAGUGUUCCGGCAUAAAAUCCUUUUACAUUUACCAUCAGAUAUAAUUGAUUGUAUAACUACGUUAUCAACUUCAUUUGAUGAGUAUGAUGAGUCAGUUACAUCAUUAAAAGACUUAAACAAUUGUGGUAUGCAGAAUUAUGAGCUAAGAGUUGACUUAAAGGAGCGCAGUGCUUACAAAACAAAUGUUUUACAUGGAACUUGUACUGGCAAGAAUUUGCCACACUGGAAAUCCUCACAAUUAGUUGGCAGUGUUCGUAUUCCUUUGACGCCUAGAAUAUGGCAGUAUCUUGUAGAAGAUCCUGCUUAUCAACGUCGUUCAACAGUUAUUAAUGUUUCAGACAUUCAAGCCAAAGAAGCUAUUAGGCAGUCGUAUGAAAUACUACCAAAUAAAACAUUAUGGUUUAUCAGAUGUUUACACGUUCCAGAUGAGAAUGCCGUUUCAAGAGGAGAAAUUACUUUUGGAAUGCAGUAUAAUCCAGAUAAUGGAAGUCUCAUAAUCAAUCUUUUCAAUUGUGCUGCAAUGAAUCUGCCAAAGAGAGCAAAAAAUGUGUAUGUUCGAGCAUCACUAUGUUCUAACUGGAAGUUGUUCAGAACUGUUCAGUCCAGACCCACUGCACGCCUUUCAUUGAAUUCAGCAGAGUUUAUUUUGGGUGAGAAAUUAAAUUUUAUCAUUGAAGAAGAUGUGAGUCAUGUAUGCAUAAUUCUUAGCGUGAUUGCUCAAUCUGGAAGUAAGCUACAUGAAGCUACUACACUUAUCGGUCGUUGUGUUACUGGACCACCUGAUUUAGCAUGUGGUGAUGGGCUGUCACAUUGGACAUUGACCUGUUCUAAACAAGGAAUGAUAAGGUGUACACACAUUCUGUCAUAGAUGACUAUAGGACCUACUCUAAAACAAUGCACUUAUUUUUCAGUCCACCGAAAAUCAAACGGUUUGAUGUACAUCUGUUUUGAGACUUGACAUCUUUUUUGUGUUUAUUCUGAUUCUUGGCUUUUCGCUGAAAAAGACGCCGAAGUUAAACGAUAAUACGCUAUUCAUUCAAGAAAAGAAUAUCUGCUUUGUUAAUUUUAAUAAAUGAAAGUUUACUGUA